AUGUCUCAUCCAUUAUUGAUAGAAAGCGAUUCACCCUUGCAUAGUAACAUCCAUGCUAACAAUAAGAACACAUACGCUAAUCCCUUCGAGAUGUCAUCAAACUUUGGUUCAGAUCCAACACAUGUAACAAUAGAACCUGACGAUGUAGAUCUUUCCUCGCCACUUGCUCGACCUAUAAACGUUACAGGUUCAAUUGGUAGUCAGCCAAUUAGAAGAUUUGCUAAUGAUACUUUGGAUGAACCAGUUUCAGAAACCAUCCUUCGAGAUGUAAAAAACGUCGCAGUUAAAUUACAACAAGUUCUUAAACCUAAAGGAGGGCGUAAAGAUAUUUUAAAAGAUUGGGAUUUGUGGGGACCAUUGUUUCUUUGUUUAACACUUUCGAUUGUUUUAUGUCUAAAGGCACCAAAAGAUCAAGAAAUUGCAGUGUUCACAGGUGUAUUUGUUAUUGUAUGGUGCGGUGCAGCAGCAGUUACGAUAAAUGCAAAACUUUUAGGUGGUAAUGUGUAA